AACCAAUUUCUUUGGGUCCCGCCGGAAACAGUGGGAAGAAAAUAAUGAAAGGAAAAUUGGAUGAAAAUUGAAAAAUAAAAUUUGGAAAGAGAGAGUCGGGGAAGAAGGAGGUAGAGAGAGAGAGAGAGAGAGAGAGAGAGAGAGAGAGAGCGCGAGAGAGAAGAGAUAUCUAUCUGUGUGACUGGUUAUUGGUGGUGGAGUGGCAGUGGAAAGCACGGAGCAUGGGUGAUGGCAGCGCAAGCGGCAACAGAGGCCAUAACAACAACCACAACAGCCACAGUGGUCAUAGUAAUAAGCCCGAGUGGCUGCAACAGUACGAUCUGAUAGGGAAGAUCGGAGAGGGCACGUACGGCCUCGUCUUCCUUGCCAGGACCAAGUCUCCUCCUAACAACCGCGGCAAAUCCAUCGCCAUCAAGAAAUUCAAGCAAUCCAAGGACGGUGAUGGCGUCUCUCCCACCGCCAUCCGCGAAAUCAUGUUGCUGCGAGAAAUAUCGCACGAGAAUGUGGUGAAGCUUGUGAAUGUUCACAUCAACCACGCAGACAUGUCGCUCUAUCUGGCUUUUGAUUACGCCGAACAUGACCUUUAUGAAAUUAUUAGACACCACAGAGACAAAGUUAAUCAUUCCAUCAAUCAGUACACUAUUAAGACAUUGCUCUGGCAGCUGCUCAAUGGACUGAAUUAUCUCCACAGUAAUUGGAUCAUUCAUCGCGAUCUAAAGCCAUCUAAUAUCUUGGUUAUGGGCGAUGCAGAGGAACAAGGAGUUGUUAAAAUUGCGGAUUUUGGACUUGCAAGAAUAUAUCAGGCUCCCCUUAAGUCGCUGUCUGAAAACGGGGUUGUGGUAACCAUAUGGUACCGUGCACCAGAAUUGCUCCUUGGGGCUAAGCACUACACAAGUGCUGUUGAUAUGUGGGCCGUUGGAUGCAUCUUUGCCGAGCUUUUGACUUUGAAGCCACUAUUUCAAGGGGCAGAAGUCAAAGCUAUACCAAAUCCUUUCCAGCUUGAUCAACUUGACAAGAUAUUCAAGGUCCUAGGCCAUCCUACACUAGAAAAGUGGCCAACACUUGCAAACCUUCCACACUGGCAACAAGACCUUCAACAUAUUCAAGGGCAUAAGUAUGAUAAUACUGCACUGUAUAGUGUAGUUCACCUCUCUCCAAAAAGUCCUGCAUAUGACCUCCUAUCUAAGAUGCUUGAAUAUGAUCCUCGAAAGCGUAUAACAGCUGCACAAGCUUUAGAGCAUGAGUAUUUUCGUAUUGAACCUCUACCAGGGCGCAAUGCAUUGGUACCCACCCAAGGAGAGAAAGUAGUAAAUUAUCCUAUUCGUCCAGUAGACACAAGCACAGAUUUUGAAGGGACAACUAGCAUUCAACCUUCACAACCGGUAUCGUCUGGAAAUGCAGUAUCUGGAAGCAUGUCAGGUGCUCAUGUAGGGAUGAACAGAUCCAUGCCCAGGCCGAUGCUUAACAUGCAACGAAUGCAGCCUCAGGGUAUGACUGCUUUUAACCUUGCAUCUCAGGCGGGAAUGGGUGGUGGAAUGAAUCCUGGUGGCAUUCCAAUGCAGCGUGGUGUAUCCCAGGCCCAUCACCAACAACAGUUGAGAAGGAAAGAUACUGGGAUGGGGAUGGGAUACCCUCCACAGCAGAAAUCCAGACGUUUCUGAGGAAUACUGCAGCUAGUUCUUUAGUUGCAAUGGCUGUUCCAAAAUUCAUGAAGGCUUCCAAAAUAUGAAGAUUGAGGACAACAAAGUAGUUCUUAUUCUGUCAGAACUGGAAUGCUGUAGCGGAAAUUUCGGUUCUUCUUGGAAUGCUGGUUACUGCAGUGGGAUGAAAAUUUCAGUUACUGCAAUCUAACUGGGGCUCGUGUAGACGUGUACAAUUAUGACUUGAUUUCUGUACAAGUUUGUUGUGAAGCAAGCAGAAAGUUAGCUAGACAGCAUUGUAUGGCUGCCACAUUGCUGAGUUACUUUUAAGUAUUUAUGCAUCCUCACUAAUAGAGAAAACAGGAGAAGGAUGGUAGGAGAGUAUAGGAAGGAACACAUUUGUUUGGAUGAGACCCCCAUUAACUGGGACUCACUUCUGUUACAUAUAUGUAUCUUAAGAAGAAUAGUGUUAUUUAGAGAAAAAAUUGUAUUGUUU